UUUAGCUGGAGUAAACAGACAGUUUCCGGUCAACUUUGUCUUAGAUUUACUAAAGUUGUUUGGUAUUUGCACCCUCAAAGCUGCGUGCAUUUACUAGCUUUCUGUUAUUUGAUUUUGUUGACACCAACAGAAUGGUGACACAGAUUGACUUUAUUUUGUUUGCCGAGCAAGGCUGGAUGUGUUGCUCCUGACUUGAGACUCCUAAUCGACAAUGGCAGGCAGAACGCAACAACCGCCCCGCCGGAGAAAACGAGUGCAAACUCCUGUUUUCAGUAGCAUAGUUGGCUCAUAUGAAGACAAAGACAACGAUUUCGUCUGCCCAGUGUGCUUUGAUAUAAUUGAAGAGGCUCAUAUGACCAAAUGUGGACAUACGUUUUGCUUCAAGUGUAUAAAGCAGUGCCUUGAGAAGACCAACAGGUGUCCCAAGUGUAACUACAUCAUCGACAAUGCAGAGCAUAUCUUCCCAAACUUUACAUUGAACGAACUGAUUCUCAAAUACAAAGGGAAACAGGAAGAAAAGAAAAUCAAAAUUGAGCAACAGACUUGUCCUGGUCCUGCUGAUUUGGUAGACUUGGUGUCGGAAGAUAACCUUGACCUUGCUAAUGUCAACCAGCUGCUGGAGUUCUUGGUACACAAGAAGCAACAACUAGAAGCUGAUGGCAAAUUAGCUGAAAAUAUUAUUCUGAAAGAAUUUCUGCAACGAGUACGACAAGGGAAACAAGAUGAACUGGAAAAGUUGAAUCGGGACAUUAACCUCCUAGAUGAGGAUACCAAAAGAGUAGAUGAUUAUAUCAACGAGCAGCAAGAGAAAUACACAGCAUGUCCAGAUCACCUUGUACCAAAUGGCUUUGAACCUAUUAGGCCGUCUAUUAAUGAAUCCAUAUGUCAAGAUGGUUUUAACGGAAGUAAAAAUGCAGGAAAAUCUUUCACUCAGACAACAAUGGCAUCUCGGAGGAAACAAAUCAGCCAACAUUUUGAAGAUCUUGAACAGUGUUACUUUGAUACAAGGGUGAAGGGAGUAUCUACAGGGGAUGAUUCUCACGAUGGACUCCGAGAGUUCACAGACAGUCUUUCAAAGUUCACUCGCUUCUCCUCAUUUCGACCUCUUGCUACUCUCAGCUAUGCUGUUGACCUUCUCAAUGGUGGCUCCAGUAUAGUAUCAAGCAUUGAAUUUGACAGAGACUGUGAUUAUUUUGCCAUAGCUGGUGUUACAAAAAAGAUAAAAGUAUAUGAAUAUGGUACAGUUAUCAAAGAUGUUGUAGAUAUACAUUACCCGGUGGUUGAAAUGCUGUGCAAUUCUAAAAUAAGUUGUGUGACAUGGAGCGCCUACCACAAAGGGAUGCUGGCCAGUUCCGAUUAUGAGGGAACCGUUACAUUAUGGGAUGCCUUCACCGGCAGCAAGGCACGAAUGUUUCAGGAACAUGAAAAGCGAUGUUGGAGUGUGGACUUCAACAGAAUGGACCCCAAACUUCUUGCAUCCGGUUCGGAUGAUGCCAAAGUAAAGCUAUGGGCAAUCAACUCAGAGCAUUCUGUAGCCAACCUAGAGGCCAAGGCAAAUGUGUGCUGUGUUAAAUUCAACCCAGAGAGCAGGUACCAUCUAGCCUUCGGAUCUGCAGAUCACUGUGUACAUUACUAUGAUCUACGGAACACAAAACAAGCAGUUGGAGUCUUCCGGGGGCACAGGAAAGCAGUGUCAUAUGCCAAGUUUGUCAACGCUCAGGAAAUAGUCUCAGCGUCCACGGACAGUCAGCUCAAGCUGUGGAAUCUGAGCAAACCCAAUGCAGUACGAACGUUUAAAGGUCACAUCAACGAAAAAAACUUUGUUGGUUUGGCAACUGAUGGAGACUAUGUCUCAUGUGGCAGUGAGAACAACUCUCUAUAUAUCUACUACAAGGGUCUUUCUAAGCAACUGAUGACAUACAAGUUUGACACUGUCAGAAGUGUGCUGGACAAGGAUAGAAAAGACGAAGAUGCCAAUGAGUUUGUGAGUGCUGUGACAUGGAGACCUAGAUCCAAUGUUGUUGUGGCAGCAAACAGCCAAGGAACUGUCAAGGUUCUGGAGCUGGUAUAACCAAAAAUAUAAGCGGAGAUGAUCUACCAUGUCUUUCAUACCUCAGUACAGUGUGCGUGGGCCUGUCUUCAAUACAAGGUCAAGGUCAUCAAAGGAAGACGACUAAAAUACGGCAGAUAUUUGGUGCAAAACAGGAGUCAGCGCACAUCCUAGGAUAUACAGUCAAACCCCAUUAUCUGGUUUAAAUUGCUUGAGAAACAAUAUGGAGGAACAAAUCUCCUCCCAGCCUCCUUCUGGACAAAUGUUCUUUCAAGGGAGCCUGAAAUAACAGGGUUUUACUGUAUUUGAGUAUCUUCCUUUGGAUGCACAUGGGAAACCUCAGACACAUUAACACUACGGUGUUCCGUUAGCUGGACUGGGUUGACAGGUUAGCCCCUGUGGUCCGUUUGUUAGGUCUUGCCCAAGGCUCAGGUUUGAUUGUCGACAUGUUUACAAUGUGUGAUGCACAUGUCUUGUGUUUCCACCAUGAUAUUGUUUGAAUAGUGCGGAAUGUGACAGAAAACCAUAUGCUCGACUCACUCCAGCUAAUUGUUUUAUGGGCUGUCAUUUACCUCUUAUUCUUGUAACUGUUAUUGCUGUCAAUGUUAAUCAAGUGGUUUGCAUGUAAAUAUAUACCACUUCUGGGUGAGUACAUAUUCCAGAGUCAGCAAUUGUUGAGUUAACCAGUAUACAUUUAUGAAUUAAGAGGAACAUGUAAGAUUGAGAUAUGUGAGUGAAUGUCUCACCUGAGACUCCAGUCUGUGUUUGUUGUCCUGAGAAAGAAAGGUAAAUACCACAUGGCAUACACCCAGUGUCUUUCUCUUCAAGACCCAUGAAGAUCCAGGUUAGAAAUUGGUCUUCAGUAACCCAUGCUUGUCAUAAGAGGCGACUAACGGGAUUGGGUGG